GGAUGGGGAAGUAGAGAUAUAUCGAUAGGUCGCGUGGCUAGAGAGGCCGGAGGUGGGUGGCCAGAGAAGUCGGGAGGACCAGCAGUCAGGACCAUGACUUACGCUUAUCUCUUCAAGUACAUCAUCAUCGGGGACACAGGUGUGGGCAAGUCAUGUCUCCUCCUGCAAUUUACAGACAAGCGGUUCCAGCCUGUGCACGACCUCACAAUAGGUGUGGAGUUUGGGGCCCGUAUGGUCAACAUUGAUGGCAAGCAGAUCAAAUUGCAGAUCUGGGACACGGCUGGGCAAGAAUCCUUCCGUUCUAUCACCCGUUCCUACUACAGAGGAGCAGCUGGAGCCCUACUGGUGUACGACAUUACAAGACGUGAGACCUUCAACCACCUGACUUCAUGGCUAGAAGAUGCUCGGCAGCACUCCAGCUCCAAUAUGGUUAUCAUGUUGAUUGGAAAUAAGAGUGACCUAGAGUCUCGACGGGAUGUGAAAAGGGAAGAAGGAGAGGCCUUUGCUCGGGAGCAUGGGCUUAUCUUCAUGGAGACCUCAGCCAAAACCGCCUCUAAUGUUGAAGAGGCCUUCAUUAACACAGCCAAAGAAAUAUAUAGGAAGAUCCAGCAGGGCUUAUUUGAUGUCAACAAUGAGGCAAAUGGCAUCAAGAUUGGUCCUCAGCAGCCAGCCUCAGCAUCAUCAGGACCCAGUUCAUAUCAAAGGAAUUAUGAAGGCACAGGUGACAGCCCUAGCUGUUGCUGAAUUUCUGGCCAUAGUAUCUGGUCCUUCUUGGGACAGACUCCUCAUGCAGCAGACUUGAGGAAAGAGGUCCUGGCUGCUUUGGUCAGGGGAAGCCUCAUCCCCAAGUGUGAUAUCCUGCCCUUCUACCCGACUAGGGAAGAAUUUGUGCCCUUAACUGACCAGUUCCUCUUUAGGGACGUGAACAUUUCCUAUAGAUUAGGGCUCCUCUCUUCCUUCUCCCCUCCCAAUUCCCAUCCUCAUAUUUUAAUUUCUAGAUUGUUAGGGGCAAGGCUGAGACUCACUAGAGUUCAAAGAUAAGCAAACACUGAUUUUUCUUUUAGCACAACCCUGCUGCCCAUUAUGAAUUGUUAACAAGUGUCAGAGAUCUUCUGAAUGAGCAUGUCAAAGAGUAAGGAUCUGGUGUACCAUGUGGGAAUAGAUUUGCCAACUUGGGAAUUUCAACAGCCUUUUUAUUUCCUUCCCUUUGGGAGUCUAUUUGCUACUUUUUCAGAGACCUUGUAGGGAAUACAUGGUUCCUGCUGCUAGAGCAUUAGAGAUAAUGAACAGUUUUCUAUGUCUGUAAGCAACUCCUUUGCAUUCCUAAUUUUUAUCUUUUAGGGUCCAGUUUUAAAGAAGUAAAAUGAACUUCUUGAGGCAGUCUGGGAACAAUGGUCUCUUUCUGUUUGUAAGACCUAGAGAAAACAAUCUUUAUUCUUGUUCUUUUAGAGAUCAUAUCUAGUCAAGACCCUCAAACAACUGAAUCUUUACUAUCUGACCAACCUCAUUUCACUACAGAUCCUCUAUAGAUCAAGCAAAUCUGCUUGCUCUCCUAAGCUUGUUACACAUGACUUUUGUUUCUACCUCCUUGCCUUUUCACGUGCUAAUCCAUGUUCUUCAACAUAUUGAGUUUAAGAAUAACUUCUAGCAUGUGUCCCAAAGUCAGCCCCACUAAAUUCUAGUCAGUCUACUCCUCAGCGCCCCUUCAGCCUUCGUAAACUCAGUAUUAUGUUAAUUUGCACUUUUUGUUUCUUUGUAAAUAUAUCAUCAGUUGUUCAUGUGGAGGACUUAUCUUCCCCACAUAGAGUGUAAACUCCUUAAGGGCAGGGACCAUGUCUUCUGCUGCUUUUCUCCUUCCUUUCCAAUUUCCUCACAGUGCUUAGUGUUGCACAUAGUAUGUACUCUAUAAAGCUGACUGACUUAAAAGACAUAAAACAGCCUUACUGUAUGCCUUUUCUGAGGCUUUGGAAGCACCUUUUAGGAACUAUAUCCCAGUCUCUUCCAACUGCUAAUCCUGGGAUCCAUAUUUCCAUUUUUUCCCUUCUUAGGAUCCAUGUUCAUUUGUCUUCCCUCCCACCAUUUCCAAGAUCUUUACUUCCAUUCCAUGCAGACCUAUAUAGGAAGGCUGGCUGCCGCUAGGCAAGCAAAUCAGCAUGCACUUUUCUAGUCAGUACUAUAUUUCAAAAGCAUAUGAUGCUAUCUUCGAAAAAAUUUGCUCUACUCCCAUUCCCCAUCAUAUGUCUUCCCAAUCCAGCCCCUGUAUCUUUCUGCUUAGGUCACUCAGUCACCCUUUUCCACACUGGUGCCUCUUGGAUUUUCUUUACUUUCUUUUUUAUUAUUAUUAUUAUUAUUAUUAUUUUUGCUGUUGAAUUGUUUCAUUAUUAAAUAUAUGCAUGCGUCCAAUCUGC